CUUUACUGCAUUUAGGGGGCAUAUACCCGACACCCAUUUUUGCGCGAGAGGCAAAGAUCCUGAAAACACGACAGCCAACAUGACUCUGAAUCCAUGAGAAUGCUCUACCGCUGGAGCACCGAAGUCUCGCAACUAAAGAACAAGAUUGCUGGUUGUUAAAAGUUCUGGGCGGGUCUCAAGAAAAUCGUACGUACCCGGUGCAUACCCGACUCGCCUCAAUCUUGCCAAGGCGAUAUUGUAUAUGAGAUGAAGCACUAUGCGACAGGAGUGUGGCUGCAAUCUUGGACCCCUCAAAUCAUCAGAAGAGAUCCAGCACAACUCUCAGACAUGCCUCAAUCGUAUUCGCCGUGCCCGCUACCGCAACCGCCACGUGCCAAAAACCAACGAAUAACACACGUGACGGCAGUCUUCUCCGAUGAAUGGAACAGGCAUUUCAGUCCCAGAAAUGUGCGAUCAAGGAGGCGGAGGUUUCUUAACAGUGGAGAGACAAUAUCAGGGUUCACUGCAAUCUUCUGUGAUGAUUGGAAAGACGACAUGGGCGAGGAGGAAGUUAUCGACGACUAUGUCUGGUCAUCGAAGCGUGAGAGGGAAGAGGACGUGGAAUUCUUUGCUCAACAUUGGGACUCAUCACAACCCAGCUAUAAGAGACAGCGUCUGGAAUCUCCGACCGAGUCUGUGUCAUUUUUGGCCGAAUCACCAGAGCCUCAACUGUCCCCAUCGGCCAACUCUUCCCCUGAGUCUUUAUCAUUUACGGCCCUAUCACCAGAAUCUCAAAUAUCACUCUAUGCCACAUCCCCAAAACCUCAAAUUUACCGUUUUGAUGAAUUUGAGCCAGAAAAGUGGCCAUCACCACCCGGGGACUUGGAGUACAAUGUCGAUUCAAGAUUGAUGGACAGCAGUGAAGAAAAGCUCCUGACACCAGAUAUUAUAUUGCCAGAAGACUUGAUUCGAGAUGUAACAACUUUGGGGCAACCCCUGGACCUUGAAAUCGCAGCUCUCGACCCAGAUCUAUAUCUGGCUUUGAUUUCAGACGAAGCAGAGAAUUCUUCCACGGCGGUAACGAAUCUGAAUUUCAAGACCAGAACGCCAAACGCCAUUUUGCACUCGUGUGAAGAGGUUUCUGGCGAGCAGUGGUCUCAGAUUGAUAGCUCCGAAGUGGAGCCUGAGGGAUUUGAGUUCUGGGACGAUUUUAUGAAAUGUUGUAUGGGCGUCCUUGGAGACCAUAAAGUCAAGGAGUGCCAGAUAAUGGAGGCACCACAGGAGCCGAGAUUCGAGCUAUGUUUUGAAGAGAUGAUAGAUUGUUAGAUAAUCACUGUCAUGGAUCAUAUAUUGUACAUAAUAGAACCUUUGCAACAAAGUGGACUUUCCACUUGUGACAGAAAAAUAC